UUGAGAGAGAGAGAGAGAGAGAGAAUUGCUGAGAUAGGACCAGUCAAAUCUACAAAAGCAGAAACUCUGCAUGGGAAUGACUUAUGAGUUACCAAAGACUUCAGCAUUGGUGUCUCUGUGCUUUUCCUCUAUCCCGGUCUUAAUUUAUAUUAUAUAAACCUUGCCUCGUAGUUUGUCACGGACUCAAGACUCACUUUUCUCGACUGCCAAUUCUGACUGCCUUCGACUAUCAUCAGCCCAGCUUUUCCUUCAAUCACUUUAUUACAUUCAUUUCCAAUUCCAAAGCUCUUAAAUGGCAGCCUUUUCAUACGAACACCACCUGCCUUUUCUUCUUGAGAAUUCACUUUUCUUGCCAAGCAGCCCUAUUAAGAUCAUGUCUAGCUUUGUGGAAGAAAAUAUCAACCCCAACGGUUUCUCUCAAUUUUACCCACAUGAAUCUAUCCAAGAGAUUCCUGCUGAUUUUGGAGUUUAUCAAAGUAGCUUUCUUGAGCAUAGCUCAAAGGGUGCUUAUUUUAGUGACAAUGAGGCUUCUCUGACCAAAAAGCAGAUCAGUACAGAAUCAUCAACAGUGGUGGAUAAGCUUGAUAGUGGUGAUCAGGUUACUCAGAAGGUGACUCCCAUGGUGAAGAAGAGGAGUAACAGAAAUGGGGCUUCCUUGAACUGUGCUCAACCAAAGGACUUAACAGAAGGGAAGACCAAGAAACAAAAGAAAUGUAAGGGCACCCAGACAGAAAAAGAGAAGCCUAAAGCUGAAAAAGAACAGAAGAAAGUUGCUAAAGAGCCUCCAACAGGUUACGUCCAUGUAAGAGCAAGGAGGGGUCAGGCAACAGAUAGCCACAGCCUUGCAGAAAGGGUACAAUUCAUUCUUAAAACUCCCCAUGGAUUGGAUCCCAGGGUCUCUUAUCAUUGCAGAAAGGUAAGAAGAGAGAAAAUAAGUGAGAGAAUGAAGAUCUUACAAGGACUUGUUCCGGGCUGUGACAAGGUAACUGGGAAGGCCCUGAUGUUGGAUGAGAUAAUCAAUUAUGUUCAGUCCCUACAAAAUCAAGUGGAGUUCCUUUCGAUGAAGUUAACUUCAGUGAAUUCCAUGCCGUAUGUCUUUGGAUUAAUGGAGCCAGAGAGAUUGACAAGCAAGGCAUCUCCACUGUCACCUGCUGCAACAGUACAUUGCAGUUCCAUGGGUACCGAGCCUACAGGUUUUGCUCAUACAACGACCACCACUGCCUUUACAACAGCUAAUAAUUACCAUCCCAUUGUGGACACUGCUUCACCCAAUGCCAAUGCAUUCUCGCAGGAUAUUGCUUGCAUAUUUUGUGAGCUAGAAGACCAAAGACAAAACUUUCUUAUUCCCCCUGAGUUCGGCAACAACUUGUGUUUCUUCCAAUAGAGUAAAAUACAACGUCAACUGCCCUACAAACAUGGCACCAGUUCCAACGGGGGAGCCUAGCUAAAAAAAGUUGUCUGAAGAUGAAUAAAGGGCAGCAAAAUCAAUGGAUGAGGAGCAUGCAUGCAGGACAUAUAUAACUGACCAAACAGAUCCUUGUUCCUAUAUAAAUAUAGCUAUCUUGACUACCCAAGUGAUGCAAACAAAAUCAAUGCUUAAUAGUAAUUCUGUUAUUACGAUUAUUUUUACUAUUCCCUUUUUCUCUUCUAUUAACAAUAAAGAGCUUGCUGUUGCCGUUAUUGGCAUGACUUGUUAGGCAUUAGUCGGUUUAGCUGGCUUUUACGUGUAUUGGUGGAGGCAUAUAAAGUUUAUAUAAUAAUAGCAAUUUGAAUGCA